CACAAUCCUGUACCUCUACAGGAGUGGAAUGGAGUCACUGUGGACAUUGUUCUGCGAUAAUAAAGGGCAAGAGGUUUGGGCUCAGCCCCAGUGGUUAAUUGUAGACCCAUGGUCCAUUUACUUACUUCUAUCUGGCCUUUAGGCCUUUUGUUUGUGGACUUGGCCGUGUGUUUGGCCUUUUGUUAUAAGGGAUGUUUCAGUGUACUGGGCUUUGGCCCGUUAGUUAUUAGAGGUCUGACUAGUAUAUGUAGUGGGGGUCUCUCUUUGUAAUGACAUGAAAAAUCUUAAUUAGAAAUAUACUUUUAUUUUCUCUCUCUCUUCUUCAUCUUCUAUGGAGGUUGCUCCCCUCGAAGGAGUCUAUUAACAGAAGAAUUACAGCAAGUACUUGGGGUUUGUUACAAGUGGUAUCGAGAGCCAGUCUUUUCUUGGCAUCGGCUUCAUAAUCCGUAAGAAUGGAAAACAUCACUUCAUCAUUGCUAAAUAUCAAAGAGUUAAUGGAAGAUAAUCUUCGACGCUUUGAUGUUGUUGAACAACAUCUGAAGGAAUUGCGAGAGAGUCACAAUAAAAUGCACCAAGUAUUUCAACAGUCCAUUGAGGAUUUUACUACCAACAUUCAGGAAAGUUUCAACGAAUUUGACGCUCAAAUCUGUGAAAUACAAGAGGAAGAUGUAGUUGCUGGGGAAGAAAAAGAUGAAAUCAAGCCUGCUCAGCUUUUUCUUUCUUAUGUUCCCAAAAAUCUCGAACCAUUUCUACCAUUCUCUAACCCUUCCCUCCGAAUCUCGUGUCCCUCUCUUCCUCCAAGAAAUUAUUUUCCCUUUUCUUCUUUUCAUUCGGUCGUCCCUAGCACUAACUAUACAGUGACCAUAAAAGAGGAAGACCUAGCCAUCCGAUGGGAAUUUGACCCAGGUGGAAUCGAUUUUCUGUUUCUUGACUCAUCACCCUCACCACAAAACAACAACCAUACCAUAGAUCUCUCUUACUCCCAUUUCUCGGCAUCUCUUCGAAGAGCAAACCCUCGAAAAAAGCAAGCUCCUACCCACACCUCACUAGUGAUCGAAUGGAAGCAAAUUUAUGAGGAAUGCUUUCAACGGAGGCGGGAACAGAACACGGAACGAAUGGAGGAGCUAAAUCUAGGCAAGCUCGCUCAAGCUCUCAAGGGCCCGAGUUCUCUAUACUCUUCUGUCUUCAUCAAUGGCACUGAGUUCUGCUCCAACCUCCUUCAAGAUUGUCGCACUUGCUCCUCAGCAAUUCAUCUGGGCUCGCUCAAGCUCCUCAACAAUUCAUUUGAUGAAUUGCCUAUAAUAAGAUACUACAGCAUCUCAGCAAUUCGUCGCCUAACGCAUAGGCUAAGGCCCCAGAAAACCAUGGUCAUGGUAUCCUUGACUCAGCGUCUUCUCCUUCUUAGCAAUUCAUCACAUACCGAGUCGUUGAGCUCAAGCCUUACCCUCGCCUACUUCGUCAUCUCCGGUCUUGACCUUCCCUCCACGCUCAAUCAUGUCGACAGGGAUGCAGUUGCCAGUUGGGUUUUAUCCCUUCAAGCUCUCCCAAAAAAUCUUAGAGGUAAAAAGUCUGUCGCUCCUCUUGUGCUUGAUGUAUUGUUGCUGAGAGGUGUGUUUGAGCCGUUUGAUAGAGGAAAGAUAAAAGAGAUGGGGGGGAAUCACUUUCUGAACAAAACCUUAAAUAAUGUUUUUCACCUUUUUUAUUUGGAUUUUGACGUUAAUGAGGACGGUGAAAUACAUGUUAAUUUUGCUGAUAGUGAUGAUGAAGAUGAAGAACCUUGGUAUGGUAUGGAUUUUUCUGGUAUGGGCUUAGAUUUACCCUUGGAUCCAAACGAACCUACAGACUGUUUAUGUAACCAAGUUAGCUACGGUGAGAUGGUUGCUUGUGAUAAUCCCAAUUGCAAAAUUGAGUGGUUCCAUUUUGGUUGUGUUGGUCUGAAAGAACAACUGAAAGGAAAAUGGAGAACGUGGCUAGGGUUGCAAGUUUCAGUAAAUACAAAUCUUGCUCCUCAACUACUUGAUGUUUUGCUAACUAAAGGUGCUUUUAAGCCCUUUGAUAGAGGAAGAGAGCAUAUCUCUGUUUUUACCCUUUUCAAUGUCAGAUGCUAUGUUGUAUCUCCUCAUCGGUGUAUACCACUAAGUUUGACUGUCAAAUAUACUGAUACUAUCAAUACCCACCCCUUUGCUAAGAAUUUUAGGGUUGUACAGUUGCCUUGGGUCAACAUGAUCACAAGAAAAGCCCCAGUGCAUAGGAGUGUGAGCUUCAUCACUAAGGUCAUAUUGAGAAAUAUUACUGGUCUUACAUAUAUGGAGCAGGUUGCAUAUAUAUCUGAGAAUCAUUUACUUGAGAUUUUUGGAUUUUUUAUGUCUGCACCUGAGAACUUAAGAUGGCUUGCUCUGGUAAUAGCCAUACUUGUUGCAGUGGUAAGAGACCAAGCCCGCAUCACUGGAACAUUGGGCUCCAAAUUUGUCACUGUCCCUAUUUUUUCAAUUGUUGUGGAAUGGCUUAUUGCUUGGAAAAAUAUGAAUAUAAAUAGGUACAUGCUGAAUAAUAGCACAACUGGUGAGAUUUUUACUAAGUACUUGGGCAAGGAACAAGAGGCAUAUCAAGGCAAUACUCGAGAUUAUGUCAACUCGGCUGAACUAGAGGCUCAGGAGAAGUUUUCUUUGCUCAAGUGGGUUGCAAAUGAACGUGGGUUUGUGACCAACAAAUCUCAAGAAGAUUUUCAGUUCAGCAUGCCACAGUCAACACUAGAGAUGACAAUGUUGAAGAUUAUGUGACCAAGAUGAAGCAGGCCAUGGCGACAGUUAUUACAGUACAUGAAAAAGUAAGAAGACCGCAGAGGAAAUGAAGAAGGGGUACAAGUUUCUCCAUAUGGUACAGGCCAACAACGAAUAUACGGUUGUGCAACUCAAAGAAUUUGAAGGCAAGAAGCUUACCUCAUCUACAAAGGGAAGGUUGACGCAUAACCGCACCUUGUGGGCAAGGUGCUUUGAAGGGGUAGGAUUUGUCACAAUCCUGUACCUCUACAGGAGUGGAAUGGAGUCACUGUGGACAUUGUUCUGCGAUAAUAAAGGGCAAGAGGUUUGGGCUCAGCCCCAGUGGUUAAUUGUAGACCCAUGGUCCAUUUACUUACUUCUAUCUGGCCUUUAGGCCUUUUGUUUGUGGACUUGGCCGUGUGUUUGGCCUUUUGUUAUAAGGGAUGUUUCAGUGUACUGGGCUUUGGCCCGUUAGUUAUUAGAGGUCUGACUAGUAUAUGUAGUGGGGGUCUGACUAGCAAUAACUUGUUGUGACCUUCAAGCUUGAUGCGCUCAAUAAAUGGGGGAUUACCAGAUAUUCUUGAAUUGCCAAGCAACAAAAUAACUGAUACUUUUGAGCUAAAAGAUGAUUGACCAGAAAAAGUUAGCUCUUGUAUGAGCCAAUAGUCAAAUUUGGUUGAUGAAAGGAAGCAGAAACAUCAAGCCAAGUGAUCUUGUGAUCCAUGCACUAUCUAGUUUUAUCCCAACACGACUGGUCAGAAUCAAGAAGUGCAAAACAUUGACAUUUUUGUUAUACUUGUACGGACAGCUAGUAUUCAGCCCUUUAUACAUGUUUCCUUUCAUAUUCCAAGCAUGGCAUGGUUCUAUGCAUGGCACAAAAAAACACCCAGGCCGUAACAGAAUUGAUCGUAUUUAGGGAAAGCAAUCAGAAAGAGGACGUAUUGAUAAAUAACAGAAUUGCAAAU